AUGGAUGACCAAAAAUUCACCAGGAGACAAAAAUCAAAGAAAAAGGAUCCAGCAGCACUACAACUCUGGGUCACAGAUGUCUAUAACACAUUGAUAAAGGAUGAAUCACAGGUUGAGAGGAUCGUAGACAAGAGGAAGAACAAGAAAGGGAAAUGGGAAUAUCUCAUCCGAUGGAAAGGUUAUGGUAGCAAUGAGGACACAUGGGAGCCCGAGCAUCAUUUAUUGCAUUGCGAGGAGUUUAUCGAUGAGUUUAAUGGGCUCCAUGUGGCAAGAGAGAAGAGGAUUAAGUCUGGGAAGCAGACCAACGCCCCCAAAUUCCUAAGAGAAAGCCGAGGAGCUCCGAUUGAGAAACUGUCUCAUAGACCUGAAUCAGGGAAGAGCAAAGGAAGUUCCCACAAAAAGAAGCGGAUGAACCCUUCCCUCCAAAAACCAAAAAAGGGGUAUACCACAAAGCCCCAGUCAGGAGGGGACAGGGCUGCCAAGACUGUUUCUUACCGAACUACGCCUAGUGGCUUGCAAAUCAUGCCAUUAAAAAAGGCACACAGUGGGAUACUGAAUGGAGAUGCCAGUCAUGAGAAGGACACGGGACACUUUGAGGAUGCCUCCCACCCGCCCAACUUGGAUUUGAAUGAGCAUGAGGGAGAACCCGAAAUGGCCAAUGAAUGUGAAGUUAGCCAUGACUCAGUGGUUGCGAAUGGAAUCGGGUCAUAUGGACUUGGUCAUGGGCCCACAUUGGUUACAGACACGUAUGCAUGUGGGGAGGCCAAACCUUUGAAGCACAUAUCUGGUCACCAGCCAAGGUGUAUAAUGAAACUGAAAUUCCUGACUGCACUUCAAGGGACCCAAGGCCAUGGUUCCACUCUGACCAAUGGAGGUCUACACUUGCAUAGCCCUGUGAAGAGGAAAAUUGAAGGGGACAAAGAUUACGUCUUUGACAAGAGGCUCAGGUAUAGCGUACGUCAAAAUGAGAGCAACUGCCGGUUUCGAGACAUUGUGGUGCGUAAGGAAGAAGGAUUCACACACAUUCUGCUGUCCAGCCAGACUUCUGACAACAAUGCCCUGACACCAGAGAUUAUGAAGGAAGUGCGGAGAGCAUUGUGCAACGCGUCCGCGGACGACAGCAAACUCUUGCUUCUCAGCGCGGUUGGAAGCGUGUUCUGUAGCGGCUUAGAUUAUUCCUACUUACUUGGCAGGUUGUCCACCGACAGAAGAAAGGAGAGUACCAGGAUUGCAGAAGCUAUAAGGGAUUUUGUGAGAGCUUUUAUCCAGUUUAAGAAGCCCAUUGUGGUUGCUAUUAAUGGGCCUGCCCUGGGGCUAGGUGCCUCUAUCUUGCCCCUCUGUGACAUCGUCUGGGCCAGUGAGAAGGCCUGGUUUCAGACACCAUAUGCAACGAUACGCCUGACUCCUGCUGGAUGCUCCUCAUACACAUUCCCACAAAUCCUCGGUGUUGCUCUGGCCAAUGAGAUGUUGUUCUGUGGAAGGAAACUCACAGCUCAGGAAGCUUGCAGCCGAGGGCUCGUGUCUCAAGUCUUCUGGCCAACCACCUUCAGCCAAGAAGUCAUGUUACGUGUCAAAGAGAUGGCCGCCUGCAGUGCCGUAGUGUUAGAAGAAUCUAAAUGUCUCGUUCGGAGCUUCCUAAAAUCAGUCCUCGAGGAUGUGAAUGAGAAAGAAUGUCAGAUGCUAAGGCAGCUAUGGAGUUCUUCCAAAGGCUUGGAUUCAUUAUUCAGCUACCUGCAAGAAAAAAUUUAUGAAGUCUGAAAGGCUCUGCUGUGAUUUUUGCACCCCGCCCCCCCACUCUGUGCCCAGAGUGAUCCUGACUUCCAGCUCUUCCCUGUGUUAGAAACAUUGGAGCCCAAUGUUCUGGAAAGGAGCUUGUGAAUGUCUCUCCAUCCCUAGGGUUCUGUCAGUUUUCCUCGUGAGUCAUUCUGGGAUGUUCCUGGGUUGUUUCUACGUUGGUUUGGUUUUGUGUAACAGAUGUGGGGCUCAGCAUUCUCGGUUUGCCUACCUUGGUCAGGGGUUCCCCUAAGGGCUGUCUGUCUCUU